AUGGGCGACGCAACUCAGAUCGAGGCAGAAUUCCCCGAUCCGGGACGAGGACGCCCAUCUACGCCAACGACUAGCCCCGAUGCCGAUCGAUACCUGAGAGGCGAUGCUGAGGGUGGCGGGAUAACAUGCCGGACCAGGCCCCCGAUCGGACUGGCACCAAGGAUAUCGAGCCAGACCCAGAUCCAACUCGAUCAAGCCCAGAUCAAACUCGAUCUCGGCGAAGAACCCGACGCAAAACCCCCGAUCUGCCCGAAUGAGGGCGUCGGACAACGAGACCUACCGGCGGAAGGAGCAACAGCGACCACCCCACCGGACGCCGAGGACGAGGAUGGGAUAUAUUACCACGAGAGCGUGAUCUCUCAGCUGAAGGUCUCGAAGGAAACCUGGCCGUCCUCCCCGAAAUCCCGAUCUCGACGACCGCGAAGGUCGGCAUCGAGGAUCUUCAGAUUCACACCCGAGGAGAUCGAGAGGCUCCGGCAGAUCAUUUGGAAGAAACGACAUCUGCUGAUCGGCAAAGGGAAUGCCUUACCCCCGGCAGCCAAGGGCGUCGUAUGCGAUAUCGAUGUUGGAAAUGCGAAACCGAUCGCACUGCGAACUCGAAAAGUGCCCACGCGAUUCCGCGAAAAUGUCGCAGGCCUGAUCAAGGGCCUCCUGGCAGCCGAGAUCAUCCGACCCUCGACAUCGCCAUGGGCGUCACCGAUCGUGAUUGUACGCAAGAGUAACGGUGUGGAUAUCAGGUUGUGCAUUGAUUACAAGUUGAUGAAUAGCCUCACGAGAUUGAUGGUCUACCCUAUGCCCCUGAUCAGUGAUCUGCUAGAAGAUCUUGAUAAAGCACUAUGGUACGGUUCGCUAGAUAUGGCUAGCGGUUUCUGGGUCGUGCCCAUGACGGAUCAGGCUCGCGAGAUCUCAGCAUUCAUCACUCCGUUUGGACUAUUCGAAUGGAGCCGCAUGCCUUUUGGUCUAAAGAAUGCCCGCAGAUUUAUCAACGCCUCGUAG